AUGACAAGCACAAGAGAAGUGCAGACAUUAGCCCAAGUCCUUAAUGACUUUCGACUCAACAGCUUUCACGCCGAACGCCUUACUCAGUUUAUUGGAGAUAGUGAUAUAAUCGAAGGUCACAUUCGUACAGGCAUGGUGCAAUUGAUUGAUGCUGCAAUAGAUCUAGAAGAACUUGAUCAAGGUGAUCAGGUCAAAAGACUUCAAAAAUCCGUACCCGAUUUUAUUGAUCUUGAACACAAGUAUUCGUCUCAAAAGGAGACUAUUCAAAAAAUUAAACAAAAGUCUUUGCAGAGCGGAGGCACGAAAGAUAUGAUAAAAGACUAUGAAGAUGAAAUACACAAAGAAGAGGAUGAAUACAAUAGUCUUUCGGCUAAACAAAAGUAUGGUGAAAACGAGUUCAUGAGCGAAUUUAAACAAGCGGUGUGGAAUGUCAAACAUCCUAAUGAGGAAAUGCCAGAGAAUGAAGAGGUCGAAGAAGAGGACGGAGGAGAUGACGACGAUGUGAUUGUUAGCAGUACAAAACGAUCUUUGACCUGUCCAUUAACUACAACUUGGUUCGAGGAUCCUGUGACAAGCUAUGACUGCAAGCACACGUUCUCCAAAAAGCCAAUUGUGAAUAUGAUCAGAGCACGACAUGGAAUUGUUCAGUGCCCUAAUCCAGGUUGUAACAAAACAUGGAAAAUGGGCUGUUUCUUCCAAGACACGUUGAUGGAAAGACGAGUAGGAAGAGCAAAGAUGAUAGUAGAAGAAGCAAAAAACAGAGAGUUUUAUGACGUUGAAUAA